AUGAAGCCGCUGACCCGCCUCAUGAGAGACGAGGAGGACGAGGAGGACGAGAUCAACGACAUGAUCAAGCAGGAGCCCAGCAGCAGCUCGCUUGGGGGCCUUGCGGGGAAGGCAGAGGCUGACAGAGCUGAGGCUCAGCUGGGAGGGAGACCUCAAGACUACGGGGCAGCUGAGAAGAUCCUCUCUCAGCAAGGUCAGACGCUGGGGAGGAUUGAGGAGAAGAUCAAUCACGACAUGGAGUUGACCCUCCAGUGCAUGCUCCAGCUCAGCAAGGAGGUGAGAUCGCUAUCUACGAGGGUCAAGCAGCUUACGGACACUGCUGGAGACUCCUAUCUUUGA